AAAAGCCCUAACGUAAUAAAAGUAUUUUUAGAGGGUGGGGUUAUUCUAAACAAUUCAAUAUGGGGUACCGUAUGCAUUAAAUGCGAACCCACCAGAUGUCUGCCAUUAAACCUAUUUAGACCAAUUUAUUCUUUCACCUCGGCAGAAAUGUAGGAUAGGGGUCCUGUAUCAGACUACAAUUUGGUACCCACUAAUGUUGCCAUAGCAACUGCCUCCAGCGUUCACUAGGAUGCAAUAAGGACUUUUGAUAUUAAAAUAUCCAACCAAUCCCCUUGUUCCAACCUGAAUGCUGAUAGACUACAGCGUGUACAAAGUGCAGUUGGCCAUGUACGACAGGUUUUCAGUGGAUCUCUGAAGGUUCUGGGCAGAGGAAAAAUGAGUCAGACUGGCACAGUGGGGUUGUAUCAAAGUUGAAACAACCGAUACAGUAUAGAGAGGAAGGAAAGGAAGUAAUGGACUACACUACACUAUGGGGGAUCAUCGUCACCCCUCGCUUGUGGCGCACGAACACCAACCCCAAUAAACUACAUUCUGCAGCAAAUAUUGAAUUAACAUCCGAGGGGUGACUAGUCUCUAGGCUAUAAAGUCACAGGGCAGGAUACAUUUGCACAUUUUGCUCCAUCAAACAUGCGUAAGCUUCUGUGCGCAAUUUGGCGCGUUUUGGGUAGAUUUUCAAUGGAUCCGAUGAAUGAUGCUACUGCUAGUAUACCUAGGCCUACUUAAAAAUGUGUCCAUGAGAAACUCCGGAAGAAGAAUGAAUAGGCUUCUUGGAAACAACUUGCUUGCAUCUGAGUUAUAAUAUGCAGCAGGCGGACCUAUUAGGCACACCCCCUACACGCGCACUGAAUUACUGAAGGCUGCCUACUGCCCUACGCGUGGAUCUGUUAUGCGGCAGCGGCACUGUACAUCGACGGGAGAAGGCGAAAGCUUGGCGAUGGGAUUUUAGCACUCAAAAUUUCAGACCAAAAGUAGAGACAUUAUUUUGUGAAAUAUCUGUUCUUCCCUCGGAGUCAGACAUCUGAAUAUAGGGAUCACCGCCUUGGAUAUUGUGUUGAAUUUUAAAAGCAGUCUUGUAGCGCGCUCGAGACCCUUCCCCCCUCUUCUUCUGCCCCUCCAUCCAGCAUCGAUUCUCCCUCAACCAGAGCCUGUCGCGCUAAGCUGAACUGAAAAUGUCUGCCCCAGCUGCUGAUGGUGCCCCGGCCGCAGACGGCCCCCCCGCCGCUCCCCCCAACACCACCAGCAACCGCCGCCUACAGCAGACACAGGCACAAGUGGACGAGGUGGUGGACAUCAUGCGUGUGAACGUGGAUAAGGUGCUGGAGCGCGAUCAGAAGCUGUCUGAGCUGGACGACCGGGCUGACGCACUGCAGGCCGGAGCCUCCCAGUUCGAGAGCUGCGCAGCAAAACUCAAGAACAAGUACUGGUGGAAAAACUGCAAGAUGAUGAUUAUAAUGGGAGUCAUUGGAGUCAUCCUGGUCGGAAUCAUCUGCAUGCACUUCUUCUCUUGA